AUGCCAUCCAACGCGGCGGAUCGUAUCCCCAGUCUUACGGGCAAGAUCAUCGGCGAUGGGUACCAGCUCCUAGAGCUCCUUGGCUCUGGCGCAUACGGUGUCGUCUACAAAGCCAUCCUCCUCAAAACGGCCCGAUCUCGCCGCCCAGUCUACCGCGCCAUCAAGGCAAUGCCCAAGGCCGGGCUCAGGAAGUUCGAGCUGGCUUCCAUCUGCCAGGAGAUCCACUUCCACAUCACUUGCGCUGAGCAACCGGGCGUGGUCACCAUCUACGACGUUUACGACACCGACAACUACUUCUACCUCGUCCUCGAGCUCUGCGACGGGGGCGACCUUUUCUCCCGCAUCUGUGAAGUUCAUAUGUACGAGGACAACGAGGCCCUCGUCCGGACCGCGUUCCUUUCCCUCGUCGAUGCCGUCAUUGAGAUGCACGCGACUGGAAUCGCGCAUCGGGAUCUCAAGCCGGAAAAUAUCCUUGUCAACGACGACGGCUCGCGCCUUUUCCUCUCCGACUUCGGUCUUGCAAGCGAUGAGGCACGGGUGGACAUCUACGGCUGGGGAACUGGCAUCUACAUGAGUCCUGAGGCUUCCGGUAAAAUCAUCGGGAAGGUUCCCUACUGCCCUCGCACGAGCGACAUUUGGGCACUCGGCAUCAUCCUCAUCAACAUGAUCUCCGGCCGGAACCCUUGGACGCGUCCCAAGGGCAGCGACCCGCUCUUUGCGGCCUUCCUCGACGACCCGCAGUACCUCUACGACUCGCUCCCGAUCUCACGCCACGUCGCGCACACCCUCCGCCGCACCCUCGCCAUCGACCCCCGCCGCCGCAUCAGGCUCGCCGACCUCCGCCGCGAGAUCGCCGACGCGCCGACGCUC